AUGUGCCCUGUGCCCCCGCCCCUAUGUGUCCUGGGCCCAUGCACCCUCACGGUGAAGCCGUCUAUGUGUCCUGUGCCCCCGCCCCCUAUGUGUCCUGGGCCCCCAUGCACCCUCACGGUGAGCCGUCUAUGUGUCCUGUGCCCCCGCCCCCUAUGUGUCCUGGGUCCCAUGCACCCUCACGGUGAAGCCGUCUAUGUGUCCUGUGCCCCCUGCCCCCUAUGUGUCCUGGGUCCCCCAUGUCCCCCAUGCACCCUCACGGUGAAGCCGUCUAUGUGUCCUGUGCCCCCCCGCCCCUAUGUGUCCUCCCCCCAUGCACCUCACGGUGAAGCCGUCUAUGUGUCCUGUGCCCCCGCCCCCUAUGUGUCCUGGGCCCCCAUGCACCCUCACGGUGAAGCCGUCUAUGUGUCCUGUGCCCCCGCCCCUAUGUGUCCCCCCAUGACCCUCACGGUGAAGCCGUCUAUGUGUCCUGUGCCCCGCCCCUAUGUGUCCUGGGUCCCCCAUGCACCCUCACGGUGA